UCAAUAGAUUUAUAGGUUAUGCAAGAUAUUUUUUAAAUUGUGAACUUAAAAUAUUUAAAUUUCAGAAUGAAAACUGAAAUUUAUAAUGCAGCUGAUGAAGAAUAUGUAGUGUUAAGGGCCAAAAAUGCAUUACAGACCGAUCCUUAUGCUGCAAAGGCUUGGAUGAUAACUGCAAAGACGCUUUACCCUAAUAAUUUUACUGUACAUUUUGAAGCUUAUAAAAUGGAGAAAGAAGCCAAAAACGUUAAAGAAGCUGCAAAAUGUUUCAGUUAUUUAUUGGAAAACUUUCAAGAAGAGAAGUUUUGGAAGGAAGUUGAAACUGUGAUAGCAGCUUUACGUUCAGAAAAUGAUGCCAAUGAUGUUGUCAAUCAAUUUUUGUGUGAUAUGUUCAGACAUAUUUCGACAGAUGUUCAACACAAACUGCUGCUGUUAACUGCUGAUCGAUGUGAAGAUGCUAUAGAACAUUGCAAGUUACUACUACUAUUACUUCAACGAUUUCCGAUGACAAUUCCUUCUCAUGGUCCUAGAUUGGUAGACACUCUCCUUAGUGCUGAGAAACAUAGCCAUGCUAAUAAUCAGCCAGUAAACAUUUAUAGAAAGUUGCUGAUUUGUGAUUUAGUUCCUUUAUUAGCAAGUGAAAAUGUUUCUUGUGAACUCUCAUCUAAGUUGCUUUUCAAAUUAUUGCACAAAGGAACAGAAUAUUAUCUUUGUUAUAUUUAUAACAAAACUAAUAUUAAGGAUACUGAGACAAAAAUUGAUAAACCCUGGCAAAGGUUAUUUGAUUUAUUGGAAAUUAUCGGAAAACACCUAGGAUGGGAAACAUACUUAACAAAUUUUAAAAAUAAUUGGUCUAAGGAAAAUUAUUGGCAAAAAAUUCUAACUUUCUGCCAGACACAUAAAAUUCUGUCUGUGGAUGAUCAUGUACACAUGAAACAACUCUUAUAUUGUUCAACAAUUUUUUUUCUUUACUGUUUAGAUGAUUACAAAUCAAGUUUAUCACCUGAUGCUUCGCCUGGACAAGUUCAGACUUCUUUUGUUCUUAUUGAAGCAUUUACAGAUACUUCUUUAUCUAAUCCUUCUUUGGAACCUAAAUCUAAACGUAGAAGAACCGACUCAGAAUCAUCGACGCCUAUUAUUACAGUUGACAAGAAUGAAAAUAAAAAUAUUGCCAAUAAUUUUUUAAUGGCUUCAAAUUGUUGGGAUUUACUUCAUUCCUCUGAAAUUUUUACUCGAGAGUAUAUAAAGUUGCACAAUCAUCUCAAGCUAGAUUCCAUAUUGGAAGAUUACUUAAUAGAUUAUGCCUUAUAUAAAAAAUGUUAUGACGAGGCUGUAGCACAACUUCAACCUCCUUCUGGCAUUCCAGAUUUAACAUUAUCAAGACAUAUUAGAUUAGCUAAUUUAUUUUAUCUUAAAAAGAGCUAUGGGAACUGUUUUGAACACAUUCUUGCCGCAGUUCAAUUACUAAAUUCGGGUAAUUUAGGAUCUCUAAGUACACAACUUGUUAUUGGUGGCAAUCAAAGGCACUUGCACUACUUACCACUUACAUUAAAUGGGGUAUUGCAGUUCUGUGUGAAAUUACUAAUUAGAUGUAUUAAGGAAAAAUUUCAGCACACACUUAUUUAUAAUGAUCUUGUGAUUGGAAACCUCUUAGUUUUAAUUCAGUUGGACUGGCCUUUGGAAGAAGAUUUCUUGCCAUUUUUAAUGAACCAAAUUCAGCAAAGAGGUUCUUUCUCUUAUAUGUUAUUUCAAACUUAUAUUAUUAAUAUAGACAUUUUAGAAGAACUGUCGUACCUGUGGUCAGAACGGGGUGGUGGUGUAACCCUUGAUAUUCUUCCUCACUUAGGGCAAAGAAGAAUUGGUACACGGGGAGCUGACAAAGGUGUUAAAGAAGAAAUAAAACAAACGAUAAAGAGGCAAAUAUCGCGAAAUAAUGAUCGUCUCGACCAACUUCUGAUUAAAUUCAUUACCCAACAACGAGGUCAUAUCCAACAGUUUUUAAUGUAAAGAAGUGGAGUAAUCGCAAAUACAUAUUUUUUUACUUGAAAUGGUACUAUAAACCUCCAUUUUUUGCAAUACCUUGUGCACAAUGGACAUCAAAGGAAAAGAAA